GAUUUACAUGUUGUUGAUGGUGUUAUGAACUUGUCUAAAAAAUUCCAUCCUUCCACUGCUCAGCGGAGCCUACUGAAUAGAGGCCUGACUUUUAUCCCCACAAAGGGCUACAACAAAAAUUUACAAUUACAAUGCAAAUAUGACAUUCAGCAGUACCAUAGGAGGAUCAAAUUGGCUGCCUUUUAUGGGGAUAAAGAGGAGACUCAAUCUCAGCCCUUCACUCCAAAAUCAUACUGGUCCCCGCCCAAUGCUCAGCUCCCACCCCAAAUUCUUACUUUGAUCAAAACAGAUAAUGAAUAUUUUCAAAACCACUUUCAUGUAGACAGAGUUAAACCCAAUUUGACAGUAGAAGAGACAAAAGCUCUAACAGAAUUAAAACAAAACAAGCAAAUUAUUAUAAAACCGGCAGACAAAGGAAGCGCAGUUGUAAUUUUGGACAGGGACCAGUAUUUGGAGGAAGGCUACAGACAAUUAAACGACAAAACAUAUUAUUUAAAAUUAAAAAAACCCAUUUACCACGAAACAAUUCCAAUGGUGGAAAAAAUCAUUAACAACUUACACCAAAAGAAAUUUAUAAACCUAAAACAAAAGAACUAUUUGCUGGGCUCCGCUGAACCAAGGGGAAGGCUCUUUUAUAUGCUGCCUAAGAUCCACAAGGAUCCGGCAAAAUGGAGUGUCCCCUUUCAGGUGCCCCCAGGACGACCAAUCGUCUCAGACUGUGAUAGUGAGACUUACUAUACAGCUGAGUACUUGGAUUAUUUCCUGACUCCUUUAUCCACAAAACAUGCGAGCUAUAUUAAAGAUACAUAUGAUUUUGUGGAUAAAGUGAAGCAAAUAGAAGUCCCCAUUGAUUCUUUUCUGUUUUCCAUAGAUAUUGACAGCCUUUACACAAACAUUGACAUUGGUGAAGGCAUUGACUCCAUUAAGAGAGUCUUUCAAAGAUACCCGGAUAAGAAAAGGCCAGAAAAAGAAUUACUACAACUUUUAGAAAUAAAUCUCACAAGGAACGACUUUGAAUUCAAUGGUGACUUCUAUUUACAAAUCAAGGGGACAGCCAUGGGGAAAAAGUUUGCCCCAGCAUAUGCAAAUAUCUUCAUGGCAGAGUGGGAGACUGCUGCGUUAGAUAAAUGCACCAAGAAGCCUCUGUAUUAUUAUCGCUUCCUGGAUGACAUAUGGGGUGUCUGGCCACAUUCUGAGCAGGAUUUUGAGAUGUUUCUUAAGACCUUAAAUGACCACAAUGCCUCUAUUAAGCUUAAGUCGACCAUUAGUAAGACCUCUAUUGAUUUUCUGGACACGACCACCUUCAAGGGCCCAAAUUUCAUUAAUGACCGUAAAUUGGAUAUAAAGGUCUUUUUCAAACCCACGGACACUCAUGCCCUGCUAUUUAAAACCAGCUUUCAUCCUAAACACACAUUUGCGGGAAUAGUCAAAUCCCAACUGUUAAGGUUCCACAAAAUUUGUACACAAAAGUCUGAUUUUGGAGCGGCUGUUAAGACCCUGUUCUCUGCUCUCUCCACUAGGGGGUACUGUUGGUCCUUCCUAAGGAGGUGCUUUAAGUCCUUUCUGCAUACAAAACCAAUUGAUGUUUCCCCUCUGCUUCCAGUGGUCAUUACAUAUGCUCCUUGCACCUGCAAACUAGUCAGGGCUAUUAAGAACAAUUUCCAGAGUCUGGCUCAGAAUGUACAGACACUUCACAACCACAGGGUAAUUGCUGCCUUCAGGAGACAUAAGAAUCUAGGUGAUCUCCUCAUCAGAGCCCAAAUCUCGCCUCCCUCUGUGCCUAGGCGCAGAGAUCAGGGGCAAUUUUUCCAGCAUCGCAGGUUGGUGCGCAGCCAUUCCAAUGGUGAUGUUUUUCUGUCAUUGUGCAAAGGAACCCCGAGGUCCAAAAAUUGUGUAUAUCUGAUUACAUGUAAGAGGUGUGGAAUGCAGUAUGUGGGAGAAACAGGAAACACGCUGCUGACUAGAUUCACUCAACACAGUGACGGCCAUCCAGGUUAACUCGAGAUGGACAACGCAGCAGAGGAGGAGAGCUGAGAGGAUGUGGAUGGCCAAACUGGA